AAAAAAGAAUAAAACAAUUCAUAAUAUAGAAUAAAAUAAAAAGAAAAAAUAAAGAAGCCAGAUAUCUAACGUUCGAUGCAAUCAACACUUCCCUCGCAAUGCUUAAACAUUCCAAUACAAUCUCCAAACCACUAAUUCCGACCAAAUGCCACAAAUUCCCACUCUCUCUGACAAGAGGAAAAAAAGGAAACAGACGAAGCAAUCCUAGCCACGCCAUCGCCACGUUUCACCCCCGAUCAAACCGUACACCAUUCGUUCCUGAAACAGUCUUUCCUUUCUCCAUAUAUAUAUAUACACAAAAAAAAAGAAGAUGUGAAAAAAAAAAGGAAUCCGUGAUAAAGUUUCCCAAGAGGCCAAUGACAACGACACCCAACCCCAUUUAAGUAGCCUCGAUUCGGUUAAGAUUCGACAUCGGAGGAAGAAGGGAAGAAAAAAAAGUAGAAGAAGAAGGCCAUGGCGAGAUAUACAGAGAAGAGGAAUAAAAAAAAAGAAAGAGAGAGAGAGAGAGAGAAAAAAGAAGAAAAUAGGGGAUAAGGUCGGAGGCACGAGAUCCUUCCCACGUCGACGAAACGUGCUGAAAGCGUGCUGCUCGCGUGGCCGUUAGAGCGGCACGGUUGGGGAGGAAAGGAGAGGCCAUUGGUGCAUCGAGCCGGAAUCUUUCUCACGGGCGAGGAGGACGUCAGGUGCAGGACCUCCUUCAGGAAGUACAACGGUUCCUUACAAGGAUUCGCGACUUCUGCCUUCCCACGCUCCUCCAGUUGUAACGGCCAGAUUCGACUCUUCUCCACCACCCUAACCACUGCACCGUAAAGCCUCUUGGCCAUGGUAGGGGCAUGUCGAGAUAUAUCAACUUCUUCGACAAUCAAAUGUGGAUGUUUAUCAAAUCUUGAAGAGAUAUAACUCAUGCAAUGAUGUCAUACGAAUUUCCUCAUCCAGUUUCAAAGACAUACCGAUAUAAAAAAAUAACGAAGCCAUUGUUGGAAAGAAAACGACGUGCGCGCAUAAAUAAAUGCCUCGAUGAGUUAAAAAAUCUUAUGAUAGAUGCAUUAGAGACGGAAGGGGAGGACAUAAGCAAGCUGGAGAAAGCGGACAUUCUGGAGUUGACCGUGCGCCAUUUACAAAGGCUGCAGGGCUCACGAUCCUCCACCGGAUUGCCGGACACCGUCACGAACAACGACGAGGUCUCGGCCGAAAAUCGGUGGUUAUCCGGUUUCGGCCACUGCGCAGCUGAAGCGUACAGAUUUCUCUCGGCUGUUCCAGGUGAAGGCGCGGAAAGAUUAGCGAGGCACCUCGCAGCUGGCCUUCAAAAGAGCCGGCAAACGAAUUCGACGCUGAAAACAAACGUGCUGACACAAACUUUGGCAAGUUUGGAUCUUACUACUGAUUUAUUGGCUUCGUCGAUUCCUAUCGAUAACAUUCAAGUAGCAUCUUCCAAUCAAAAUGCGGUCACUUAUCGUGGAAGAAUUCCUGACGCAAUCACGUUUAACAUACCAUCCGGAUGUAACAGUGGGACGACCGUAGAAAAUGGAGAAAAACUAGAAAGAGGUUGCAUUUCCGAAAUAUCGAAAGACUUGAAGGAGGGGCAAACGGUGGAGAAAGUUAAAACUGAGAUCAAAGUUGAGGAUGAAGAGGAAAUCGAUGUGGAACGCGUUGAUGAAGUUGAUCCUAUGUGGCGGCCUUGGUAAUUUUUAAAAUUCUUCUCUCAAACGUUUUAUUGUAUGGAAUUUCUCAUUUCUUAUUUUUGUUUCCAAAAAUGAUUGAAAAAUAUAAUUGUUGAAUCUGCUCAAAAAGAAUUUUAUUCUUGCUCUUUUAAACAUUUGAUUGUAUAUUAAAGUAGAGAUGUAUUUGAUUCUAUAAAAAAGCAGAGAUGUGUAUGGAUAUAA